AAUCAAAAUGGAUAAUAACGUUGAGGAUAAAAAAGAGGCAAUGCUCAAACGAUUAGCAAAUCGACACGAGAAACGCCUUCUUGAUCAAGUCAAAUCGAACACAAAGAAGAUCGAUUUGAGAGCAACCGAGCGAGCCUUUUUGGAGUCGAGUCCGACUUCAAUGAAUAUGCGAACUCCUCUCAAUCCUUCAAUCAGCUCUUCUGUAUCAGAUUCCCCGAUUCUAUCAUAUGAUGAGAAAGCCAACAAGCAAAUUAUUGCACUCGCCACGUGGUGCAACACAAUGAUGGAAUUGGAUGUGUCUGAAGAGAUGGAUCUAGGAGAGUCGAAAGCAGAAGCCUGCAGAAAUAUCCAAAAAAUGUUGAAGAAAAGAUCAGAUACGUCAGAAGUGGAAAAUACACAGGAAAAUGCACGCAGGAGAUAUCAACGGAUUUUUGAGAAAAAUGAUCCAGAAGUUGUGAAGAAAAAGUGCAAGCAGCUUCUAGACGAUUCAGGAAUGGAUGCAAGCAUCAAGGAUCUUCUGUCCAAAAACAACGUCGCAAUCCGAAAAGAACAUGCCGUAUAUAAUGACAUAGGCCUCCAAACAACUCUUCUUCACACAUUUCUAUCAUUCCAUCCUGCUUGGCUGAAAACUGCUCUUGAAGCAAUCUUUAACACGAGAAUUGACGCUCAACCGAAGCAUUUAAUGAAAAAACUUUCUCAGUUUUUCCUCGAUCUAGUUUUCUCAAAUCCGACGAUGCUAAAGAACAAGAAAUUUGCACAAGGUUCUGGAAAACCGAUCAUCACUGAGGCUGGCAAAGAAGCUCUACACAAGCAUUUUCUGUCCGUCUCGAUGAAGCUGAUGUUCUUGAUUGAAACGGCACACACUCAUCGAGUUAUCCCGAAUCUGACGAGAAUCUUCACGAAGUCCUCUCAUUUCAAUUGUCUCGACGAUGUGUUCUCCGAACUGACGAAGGAAUUGUUGACUGGAAGCUCUGCUACUUUCAAAAAAGCGUUUGCAAAAGUCGGUUUUAUUCCGACUUACCGACAAUCAUUCAUUGAAAAUUACGACUACCAAGCGAAAGGAUUUUCAGAUUUCUCGGAUGGUCUAAUUUUGGCAAAGCUGUUGGAAACUGUCGGAGAGAUGCCGCAUGGUCAAAUUCUGUUGAAGUUACGUGAUCCAGCAGGCGACCGCAUCCGCAAAAUUGGAAACGUGAAGAUUGUACUCCAGGAGAUGUCUUCUUUGGGUGUUCCAACGGAUAAUGUUAACGCCGAAUCAAUCGUUGGCGGAAAGAAAGACGAGAUUUUGUCUAUUUUGUGGGCUAUUAUCGGAGUUCGUGUGGCCAAGGAACAAAGAAUCAAGGUGACGAGAGUUUCUGAAGAAAGAACUCCGAAAAAGCGGCGAUCUGCUGUCCACGAUGACAUGUCUUCUGAAGUAUUAAAAAUGUGCAAGAUUUACGGAAGACAGAUGGAAAUCGAAGUCAUGGACUUGGAUUCACUCUCCGAUGGGUGCCUUCUGGCCAAGUUGUGGACCACUUUCGGAACAAAUUCAACACCGAUUCAGGACUAUGAUGGACUCAGUCUGUGGGAGAAAGUUGUUUCAGUUGCCGAGUUGGAGCUUUGUAUUCAGCGAGGACUUGAUCAGAACAUGGCUCUUUUCGUAAAAAUGUUUCUGGAACGACUGGGUAUGAUUCAAGAUCUAAAUGAGAAAGCGACCAAGAUUCAACGAAUGUGGAAGGCCUACGUGCAAAGAAAGAAUACUCCCAAGCUGUAUUUCAUUGUACAACAACUUCUUGCCGACUCAUCAAUUCCUCGAAACCGAAGUGUUUCUCCAUUCUCUAAUAAUGUCACUUUCACAGUACCGAGGACUCCACGGAAUAAUAUUCUGACUGAAAGACCAUCUCUAUCACAAAUCCCAUCGUCUCGCCAAUCAAUGGAUUCUACCUUCAACGAUGCGACGUUUACUGUUUCACGUGAUUCAAUUGAAAGCAUGAACAAGAUGCAGAAAACUCCACUGAGAGGUACAUUCACAAGAAAAACAAUUGCGAUGGUUAUCGAGGAAGAGGAUGAUUCGGAAAAUAACGAAACGGUCGUACCAAGUACAUUGAAAAAGAGAACCGUUGUCAGAAUGGAGCACAAUGCGGAAGUAUUCAGAGAACAAGAUGAAGAUGAUGAAAACCAAGACAAAGACACUGUUGCUCCUUCCGCUGAGAACUUGGAUAGUCCACCUUCAGACAUCCCAUUAGAAACUCUUUCUUCUAUUCCUUCCGCUUCCCAAUCUGCCAUAUUUCUUCAAGACUCUGAAACUGGCAAAGAGAUGCAUGUCCCUAAAGCUGAAGAUGUCGGCGUCGUAGUUCUUGAAGCAUCAGAUUCUCCGGUUGCACUAGAAGGGAACAAUGAAGCAAGCUAUGAUGGUCAGAAAAUUGAGAACUUAGAAACUUUUGAAAUCAAAGAGGGCAAGACGCAAGAAGAUCUACCUUCAAAAUCUCCUAUGGAUCCUACGCAGACAAGCGGAAGCCCAUUGGUUGAAUUCAGAAUGACAGAAGAACAGGAGCGUUUAGAGAUGCUUUUCCAGUCAUUAUCAGAAGAUCAGAAGAACUUCGUCAAGACGAAUAACCUUAGUGUGUCUAUUGAGGACGAUGCCAACACUCCUGAACUUAGAAGGAUCUUGAGACAAACCAGAGAACUCAAGAGAAAGCAACAGGAAAUUGCGAGAAAACUGGGAAACAUCGAGAGAAAUGCGUUAGCUGUUCGUGAUGGCGGGGAGGAUUCGUCCGACAGUAGAUCAGAUGCUGGGCACGAUGUUGCUAUCCUUCACGGUGACGACAGUCAACUCUUCGAAAAUUCAAUGCAAUUGGAUCAGAAAUCUCAAUUGCAAAAUGAUGAGACUCAAAUUCUUGAGAAUAAAAAGAAGGCAGCUGUUGUCAUUCAGAAAAUGAUACGUGGUUUCAUUGCACGGCGUAAAUUCCAAAUGGAAAUUAGCAAUAUUCGCAAUCGCAUGAUCCAAUACAAUCACAUAUUGGCGCAAGAAGACGAGCAAAUUGGUAUAGAAGAAAUGGAGGAUAAAUCAGUCGAGGCAAAGCUAAAGAAAUGCGCUCUUCAUGGACUCACAAAUGAUAACCUUCACGUCGUUCAUGUUGCUGCAACUGUCAUCGACCGAGUCACCGAUCUUGUUCCAUCACUUUUGGAAAAGCUUGUCGUCGAACUGAAUGGCAUCAAGUCGAUCACUGAUGUUUUGAUUGUGGCGGAUCGAGGAUUCUCUUAUACGAGCAUUCUUCAUCCAUUAUUGAAUGUUCUCGAAAAAUUAUUCACGAAGAUUCCCGAAGAAGUCACCAAUUCGCAUAUUCUCCCUCACUUGAAGAUUUUGUCGCCUCGCUUGAUGCUACUGAUGCUGAAGCACUCGGAAGUCAAGGAAUUGUUUAUUCCUAUCAUUAACACCUUGACUUCAAUUGCUAGAAGAUUCCCAGACAAAAAGCAAUCGAGUUUUUCUUCAUCAAGCUACUCAAUCAAGCAGUCGCUCAAAAAAGUCAAGGAUCAGGAGUGUCGGAAUAAAUUGGUCAGAUUGGAAAGCAUAUGCGAAGAUAUGCUCUAAAUUAGUCUCUGUUAAAUAUUAAAUUCAUCCCACCGUUUUGUGUAUCAUAUCGUGAAAAAAUACACACGGUUUAAUUAUUUUUAUGUGAAUAUUUACCAAUAAGAUCAGUCAACCUGAUGCUUAUUUGGAUUUUUUGGUAUUUCAUAUUUGUUUCUUAAAGUCUGUUGUGAAGUAAAAACUUGAUUUUAA